ACAAACGCACGCACACACACAGAGAUAAGCCGCCCCUACAUAAGCCCCUCCUCGUGUCGCCCUCCCCUCAGCCAGCCGCCGCAUACCCCGCACCGUCAUGAGGCUUCUCGCUCUUCUCGUGGUCGGCCUGGCGUCUGCCGUCCUGGCCGCGGGCGAGGGCAGCGUGGUGUGUUACUUCGGGUCCUGGGCGACGUGGCGGCCGGGCGAUGGGAAGUUUGACGUGGAGGACAUCGACCCCUUCCUCUGCACCCACCUCAUCUUCGGCUUCGCUGGGCUGAGCAACCACACUUGGGAGAUCGAGGUGUUGGACCCCUGGAAUGAGCUGUGCCCCGACGAGGAGGGCGGCAACAACUGUGCCUACGACCGGUUCGUGGCGCUGAGGGACGUGAACCCCGAGCUGAAGAUGCUGAUAGCGGUGGGCGGCUGGCGGGAGGGCUCCGUGGACUACUCGAGGAUGGUGGAGGACCCGCAGAAACGCAAGCUCUUCGUGGACAGCACAUUGGCGCUCAUUCGCAAACAUAACUUCGACGGACUGGACAUGGACUGGGAGUAUCCUGCUGCCCGCGGUGGUACGCCCGAGGAUAAGGAGAACUUCGUCACCCUGAUCCAAGAGCUGCGCCACGAGUUCGAUAAGUUCAGCCCACCAUUGUUCCUGUCGAGCGCCAUGGCCGCCGGCAAGCUGACCAUCGACGCCGCCUACAACAUCCCGCCGCUGGUUGACCUCUUCGACCACUUCCACAUCAUGAACUACGACUACCACGGCGCCUGGGAGACCCGCACCCACCACAACGCACCCCUCUGCGGCUACUACCGCGACACCGACCUCGAUCUCUACCAUAGCGUGGUGUACACCAUCAACUACUACCUGGACCUCGGGGUGCCCGCCGAGAAGAUGGUGCUGGGCAUCCCCACGUACGGCCGCUGCUGGACCCUCGAUUCCAUGGACGACACCGGCAUGCUGGCCCCCGCCCACAAGCCGGGGCCCGAGGGGCCCUACAUCAGGAUCCCCGGCACGCUGGGCUUCAACGAGAUCUGUGAGCGGCUGACCCAGGAGGACUGCACAGUGAGUCAAGAUCCCACCAUGUACGAGCCAUACUUUUACUGCCCCUCCGACAAGAUCUGGUGCGGGUUUGACGACGCCGAUUCCGUCCAUGUCAAGGCUCGCUACGCCAAGAACAUGGGCCUGGCCGGCUUCCUGGUGUGGACCAUCGAUACGGAUGACUUCCACCCGCAAUGCUACCAAGAUUCUUUCUACCUGAUCAAGAGCAUGAAGUCUGGAUUCAACCUCCCCGCCGACGGCAAUCUUCCGGACUGUCAAUAUAACUACUUCACCACCACUACCGUCGAGACCACCACCACUACCAGCACCACCCCUGCCCCUACCACCACGGAGCCAACCACUACCAGCACCACCCCUGCCCCUACCACCACGGAGCCAACCACUACCAGCACCACCCCUGUCCCUACCACCACGGAGCCAACCACUACCAGCACCACCCCCGCCCCCACCACCACGGAGCCAACCACUACCUCCACCACCACUACCACCACCACCACCACCAUGCCUGAGACCACCACGCAGAGGGUGUCGACGCCGAAGCCUCCGCACCCACGCCCUGACUGCACGAACCAGGUGGACGGUACGGUCUUCCCACACAAGGACUGCAACAAGUACUGGGAGUGCAUCAGUGGCCAGGCCGUGCUGCAGCUGUGCGGGCCCGGGACCCUCUUUGACGAGGACCUCAAGAUCUGCAACUGGGAGAACCAAGUCGACACCUCCGAAUGUACCAUGUGGAUCUGCGAGGUGGACAACGUAUACUACCCCCACGCCGACUGUGACAAGUACUACCGCUGCUACAACGGCUCCCCCCACGAGGAGAAGUGCGCGGACGGCCUCUACUGGAACCAGGGCCUCACCAUGUGUGACCUGCCCGCCAACGUCGACACGAGCAACUGCAACGCCGUGUGGUGGUAGAUCAUUUCCCUACCCAGCCACGGGGAUAGACAGAGUGAAACUUAGUUGUAAAAAGAUCAUGAUAACAUUAUUCCUGUGACGGUUUACCUAAUAAAGUAUGGUUUGUUAAGUGUA